CUUGCUCACAAACUCCAACAUCAGAAGACAGACAGACUCCUGAAUGGCAAAUCAAGCUGGUGCCUCUUCCUCUACUCCUCUGGAGCCGGGAUUUGAAAAUGACGAGAACGAUAUGUACGGUGCAGAAUCGGGUUGGGUCGAAGCCCGAACAUCAUGUGAUCACUUGGCUUCUCUGUCUUCUGAUCUUGCUCACAUACCACCUCCCGAUACUCCUUGCAACAGGUGCCAACAUCCAAGAGAGAACUGGUUAUGCUUGUCGUGUAAGGAUGUACUUUGCAGCCGUUUUGUGAACAAGCAUAUGUUGCAACAUUUUCAUCAAACCAGCCAUUGUUUGGCUCUCAGUUACAGUGAUCUAUCGGUUUGGUGUUUUGCUUGCGACUCGUAUCUAGAUGCUCAAGUGAUUAUGCAACUGAAACCUGUUUCUGAGAUUGCUUAUAUAUUGAAAUUUGGGGAGGCACCUCCAUCUCGUUCGGUUGAAUGUUCAAAGGGUAAUCAAGCCGAGGGUGGUGCAUCAUCAGACAGUUAAACUGAUAUCUUAGCAAUCGAGGCUGGGGUUCUCUCUUGAAAGUUCACGGGGUAAUCAAGCUGAGGACCCAUCAUCGGUCAGCUAAAUUUUGUCUCUUUGCUUCUGGCAGCGGUUCUCUUCUUUAUUUUUCUUUCCUUUACCACCUUGUAUUUCAGGGUUCCACGGUUGGUUGGAACUUAACUGGGUUUUAUGUUACUGUUGAAUCAAAAUGCAAAACAAGAAACCUUGAUUAUAUCUUGGUCACAAGCAGUUUGUGAA